CGAAAAGUGCAGCAAAUAGUGUAUGAAAUGCAAGUAUAAAGACAAUUAUGAAUACACGAGUCAUUACAGUGUUAUGUUAUGCGAAACCAUUGAUUAAACUCCUGGGAAAAGUCCAUUAAAUUAUAGUCAAAACAUUUGCCUGAAUCGACUCAAAUCAGAGCUGAUAUGUGUUUUGUCUGUCAGAGUAUUCGCAGAAAACAACUUUCAGAUCAACUUUUUAGUGCCUCUCAUGUCAAGCGAAAUAACUUUUUAUUAAAGUCUGAGUUUUAUCGCAAUUUUCGUUUCAACUUUUUUGGUGUUUAUUACAGAAAACUUAUGAAUUCAUAGUGAAUAUCAUAAUGGUUUCCGUCGGUUAUUAUAUUAAACGGACAAUUCGUGCGAUUAUCGACACAUUUGUCAGAAUAAUCGGAUUAUUAUAUCCGUCUAAUCAGCGAUACUUACCGCCCAUUACUGACAGACUUUUGUUGGAACCGGCGAUCAAUUUAGUGAAACGUGUCAAAACUGGACAACUAAAAAGUGAAGAUCUGGUCAAAGCAUACAUCGAUCGCAUCAAAACUGUUCAGCCUCACAUAAAUGCUGUGAUCGAUGAGCGCUACGAACUGGCCAUAGAAGAUGCCAAAGAAGUCGAUAAACGGGUCACUCAUGAGCUCCAGGGCAAUGAACCACUCAAUGGAGUGUCCAUUCAUUCACAGCCAUUGUUAGGCAUUCCCUUUUCGGGCAAAGAUAGCAUAGCCAUCAAAGACAUGCUAUAUAUGGCCGGAUGUCCCGCACGGAAAGACAUCCGCGCGACAAAGGAUGCGCCAUCAGUGGGGCGUUUGAGAAAUGCCGGCGCUAUACCCGUGUGUCUCACAAAUGUACCCGAAUUGUUGAUGUGGUAUAACGCGCACAACAAGACAUUUGGACAGACAUACAACCCGUACGACAAGUCCAUCAUUCCAGGNUGGAAGUCCUCUGGAGUUGAGUCCAAUCGGCACUUGAGUUAUAGUCUUGUUUAG